CAAAAAAAUGGAUUAGAUAUUACAGAAAAUGCUGAAGAAGCCUCUCCCUGUCUCUCUCUCCGAACCCUAGAGACACUGUCUAUGAACAUUCUCUUGGAGGACAUAGGCUCGAGGUGUUUCUUCAACCUGUUCUGAGGAAAGCAAAUAGUAAUCCUCUCCGAAAGCUUUCAACCCACAAAAGGCUUGUUUGGAUGUAUGAACAGGGAAAGAAAUACAUGACACAUGGGGAAGAGAAAGUAAAGAGAAAAAGGAGGAAGAGAGGGGAGGUAUAUAUAUUUUUUUUGGCCCUUUGGAUGUUUCACUUUUUGGGUUUUUAACCUCUCCUCUCUUUAGAAGGUCGGGAGUUAGAGGGGAGAGAGAGAGAGAGAGAGAGAGAGAGAGAGAGAGAGAGAGAGAGAGAGAGAGAUCAUAGGUUCACUUCACUAACAAAUGAUGGCAGGAAACCCUAACUGGUGGAACAUGCAUCCACUAUCUUAUCAUCAUCACCACCAUCAUCAGCCUCCUAGCAAUUUGUUACCUCCUCAGUAUGUCGUUGGAUCCCAGAAUUCUCUUGCUGAUAACCACACCCAGGAACUUCCUCAGUCUUGGAGUCAACUCCUCCUGGGAGGAUUGUGCGGUGACGAAGAUAACUACAAGUAUGGUGCGAGUCACUUUCAGGCAAAAAAGUUGGAGAACUGGGAAGAGCUACAAAUGGUGAACAACCCAACUUUAGGUGUACACGUCGUUCAUCAUCCUCAUCCCCAGCUUGUAGAUGUAAAACAAGAGGUAUCUCAAACCAGCUGUGACGUGUUGUACAGCCAUGGAGUUCAUGAAGAGUUGUUCCUGGCACCAAGCAAUGUCAAUAAUAAGCCUGCUUGGCCAAAUAGUAGUAACACCAUCAUGCCUGUGUCUUCUCCUACCUCAUGUGUCACCACUUUGAACAAUAACAACAGCAUGUUGGACUUCUCUAGCACCACCAACGCCGACAACAACAAGAACAGCAACAAUCAAUUGCGUCCUGAUCAUUCGUCCGAGUGUAAUAGCGCAGCCGCUGGAGGGGCAUGUAAGAAGGCCAGGGUUCAUCCUUCUUCGAGCCAAUUACCUCUCAAGGUGAGGAAGGAGAAGCUAGGGGAUAGAAUAACAGCACUCCACCAGCUUGUUUCCCCUUUUGGGAAGACUGACACUGCUUCUGUCUUGUUAGAAGCCAUUGGGUACAUCAGAUUCCUUCAGGGUCAAAUUGAGGCUCUUAGCUCUCCGUACCUGCGCAAUAAUGGGUCUGGAAAUAUGAGGAAUCAACAGUCUGCUCAAGGAGAAGGGAAUUUUGCAUUUCCUGGAGACACCAGCUUGCAGGAAAACCAAGACAAACCAAAGGACUUGAAGAGUAGAGGACUGUGCUUGGUUCCUGUCUCUUGCACGAUGCAAGUCGGAAACGAAAGCGGAGCCGACUACUGGGCUCCGGGACUCGGUGGCGGUUUUUGACGGGGAGCGAGCUCCCAGGGAAAGACAUAACAUCAUGAGCAGUCACUCUGCUUAAACCUAAGGCUGACUGCUCAUGAUGCUAUGCAUCCUUGUAGUAGCAUCGACUCGAUGGUUAAUUUAUGCGGGUACUUGAUUUGAUUAGAGAACUCUAGCCGUUGUGUUUCUAUGAAGUUCACGGAUGAUAAGUUACAACCUAGAAUGGUUUUAGGAACUAAUAUAUUGAUCCUUCGUUAUUAGAUGAAAUGAAAAUCCAAAUUAUGUCCCCCCAACAUUUUCACUCAAAA